GUCCGCAUCCGCAACCCUCCACCGGCUGCGCCAGUCGCACGUUGGCCGAUGACGGACGCGCACGGGGUGAAAGUAAACGUGUCUCCGACCGGCGACACGCUACUCCGGGAGUCUUUGAGAGCGCACCUGCUUUCGGACAUCCUGAUAUUGCAAAGAGUAUCGAGGCGAGCGUGUCGGUGUCGAUGAAGAGAACGGCAGACUCUGCGGCGAUAUAAUGGCACCCAGGAAGCCGACCAAAUACGACGACUCGUAAAAUCACGAAGAUGGAAUUGCGCAAAGGCUCCUGGAAGAUCCUGAUCCUCGUGUGCGUGUUGGUCAUUUACCUGUGGAUGCUCUUUGUCGAUCAUUCACACAUGCUGGCCGACAUAUCGCAGAGGAUCACGCUGCAGAAAACGCGGAUCUCCGCGAGAAACACCAUGUACCAAAGUCCCGAUCGAUCGAGGAUCGAAGAGACACCCCCGAAUGGACUCCGGACAGACUCGAAGAAAUCGCAGUCUUUUCCAUCCCGGAACGCGAACAACACGCUCGAGGGAAGCUUGUCGGAGUAUCAGAUGCUUAAGCAACAGGGUCUGGUACCAAGCCGGCAAUUGCCAACCGCUCUGAUAAUCGGCGUGAAGAAAGGCGGGACGAGAGCCCUUCUGGAGUUCUUGAGGUUGCACCCCGCGAUCCGCGCUGCUGGCUCGGAAGUUCAUUUCUUCGAUCAUCAUUACGUCAAGGGGUUUCGUUGGUACAGACGUAGGAUGCCCCCGACUCUGGUCGGCCAGAUCACCAUGGAGAAGACGCCAUCGUAUUUCGUGACGAGCGAGGUGCCAAAGAGAGUGAAGCACAUGAAUCCGGGGAUGAAACUGAUUGUCGUGGUGAGGGAUCCCGUAACCCGGGCAAUCUCCGAUUACACACAGGUGAAGAGCAAACGUCGCAAGAUGCCGCGUUUCGAAGACCUGGCCUUUCUGAAUGGGUCGAGGAUCGUGGAUACCUCCUGGGUACCAUUGAAAAUCGGAGUUUACGUACGGCAUUUGGAGCGAUGGUUGCAGUACUUCCCGUUGUCGCAAUUUUUAUUCGUGUCCGGCGAACGUCUGAUUGCCGAUCCGGUGAUGGAGAUCACCAGGGUGCAGGACUUUCUGGGCCUGAAGCGGGUAAUAUGCGAGAAGCACUUCUACUUCAACGCUACCAAGGGCUUCCCUUGCUUGCUCAAAUCGGAGGACCGCGCAACGCCGCAUUGUCUCGGAAAAAAUAAAGGUCGCAGUCAUCCAUAUAUCGAUCCUAUGGCGGUUCAGCGUCUUCGAGACUUCUAUCGGCCGUUCAAUCAGCGAUUUUAUCAAUUGGCGGGUAUGGAUUUCGGCUGGUACUAAAAUCCGCGCGUAUCACAUACAUACAUAUCGUGAGCAGGAAAACGAAACGGAGUCAAUUCUCAUCGUAUAUCAAGUACUUAUUGCGAUAUCUAUUACACCCGAAUACCUGUAAUCUGAUAGGAACACAUACGUUAUAGAUAGUCACAUCAGAAGGCGCCGCUAUUCCAUAGUGUUUAGACGCUUUUCUUUUUAUUAUCGAUGAUAAGGUCUUGAAUUUUAGAUCUUAAUUUUUUCAAAUUAAGUCGCAAGAGAAGGUAUAUCUUUUCUCAAUUUUUUACUAAUAAAUUUAAAUAAUCUGUAAACACUCUAUA